AUGGCUUCAGCCAUGCCUCUGCCCCUUAUGCUCCUGUGCCUUCUCGUCACUCUCACCCAUGGGUCAAGGCUCGUCCUUCUCCGUUCGACCGACGACUCCGGUGCCUCGCCGUCGUCGGAUGCCUGCCCGUCCACAGCUUCAGGACACGGCAAUGGCAACAAGCUGCCGUUGGUGCACCGGCUGAGCCCGUGCUCUCCUCUCGGCGGCCGUGGGGCCCGAAAGCAUGGCAAGGCGUCGCUGGAUGAGAUCCUGCACCGGGACGGCGUCCGCCUGCGCUACCUCUCGGGGAUCCAGGCUGCAGCGGCCGCUGCUCCUGCCCCAGCCCCUGCCCCCUCCGCUAUGCCGGCGUCAGGGCUUUCCGUCCCCGCCACGCAGAACGUCAUCAGCAGCCUCCCCGGAGUGUUCGACUACACGGUGCUCGCCGGCUACGGCACUCCGGCGCAGCAGCUCCCCAUGUACUUCGACGUCAGCGGCAUGUCCAAUCUCCGGUGCAAGCCGUGCAUCUUGGGGUCCUCCGGGGCCGCGCCGUGCGACCGGGCCUUCGACCCCUCCCUGUCCUCGUCGUUCAGCGCCCUGCCAUGCGGGUCGCCGGACUGCAGGCAGACGACGUGCUCGUCCGGGUCAUUGUGCACCUUCACGUUCCAGAACUCGACCUUCGUCUUCGGCAACGGCACCGUCGUGACGGACACGCUCACGAUCUCGCCCUCGGCCAAGUUCGAGGACUUCUCCGCCGGGUGCAUGCAGCUCGACAACAUGUACUUCAGCGACGGUCCGGGCGUCGGGAACAUCGACCUCAGCCGGAGCCGCCACUCGCUGGCGACCCGCGUGCUGCUCUCAUCGCCGCCCGGUACGGCCGCGUUCUCCAUCUGCCUCCCGGCGGACACGGACACGCACGGCUUCCUCAACAUCGCCCCCGCACUGUGGGAAUACUCCGGCCUCGCCGGCGUCAAGUACGCGCCGCUGGUGACCAACGAGAGGGGGCCGAACUUCUACUACGUCGACCUCGUCGCCAUCGCCAUCAACGGCAAGGACCUCCCGUUGCCGCCGGCCAUGUUCAGGGGCAACGGGACGAUGAUUGACACGCAAUCGGCCUUCACCUACCUGAACCCGCCGAUCUACGCGGCGCUCCGCGACGAGUUCCGGAGGGCGAUGGCCAAGUACCAGCCCGCGCCGGCGUUCAGCGACCUCGACACGUGCUACAACUUCACGGGGCUCCAGCAAAUCGAGCUCCCGGACAUCACGCUCAGGUUCGGGAACGGGGAGACCAUGGACCUCGACGACCGACAGUUCAUGUACUUCUUCCGCGAGCACCUCGACGAGGACUUCCCGUUCGGAUGCCUGGCAUUCGCCGCGUCCCCCGACAACGAUUUCCCCUGGAACUUGCUGGGGUCUCAGCUGCAGCGGACGAAGGAGAUCGUCUACGACGUGCGGGGUGGCAUGGUUGCCUUCGUCCCCAGCCGCUGCGGGCUGCGUUGA